CUCGACCUUUGACCCGGCGGGUCCGCGGCCCAGCGUGGGGUCCGGGGCCUGGUCGCCAUGUCGAAGCUCGGCCGGGUCACCCGCGCCGUGAAGAGGGUGGAGGGCGGGGGCGUCAUCCGGGCCGUCGUGCGGGCGGGGCAGGCCCGCCCCGGACCCCCCCUGGGACCCAUCCUCGGCCAGCGGGGGCUCCCCAUCGGCCAGUUCUGUAAGGAAUUCAACGAGCUAACGAAGGACUACAAGGAGGGCAUCCCUCUGCCCACCAGGAUCUUCGUGAAGCCGGACCGGACGUUUGAGAUCAAGAUCAAGCCACCCACGGUUUCCUACUUCCUGAAGGCGGCGGCCGGGAUAGAGAAGGGAGCGAGGAAGACAGGGCAGGAAGUGGCCGGACUGGUGACCCUGAAGCAGGUGUACGAGAUCGCCCUGGUGAAGGCGCGGGACGAAGCCUUCGUCCUACAGGACGCCCCCCUGGACUCCGUCGUCCGCUCCGUCAUAGGCAGCGCCCGCUCCCUCGGAAUCCGCGUCCUCAGAGACCUGACCGUGGAGGAGCUGCAGGCCUUCCAGGAGGAGCGGGCCCUCUUCCUAGCCGCGCGGGAGGCCGCCGAUGCCCAGGCCCGGGCCGAGGCCGCCAAGAAGUGACCCGCCCCUGCCCGGCCCCACCCCCGCCGCCGGAGGUUCCUGUCCUCGGGAAGGAAGCGGGACGCGGUUUCUCUUCAUUUUGUAUGUAAUAAGCGUUUGAUCCCGGCC